AAUAUACACUAGGGAACAUAUCUAUUAAACUAAAAAAUAAUUGAAAAUGAUGUAGUAAAAGAAAAUAAUUAAAAAAGUGUUUUAAUUCUUGUUAUGGCAAGUAAAGAGUUGAUUUCCAAUUCCCAUGGUUUUGGGUUUCUUUCUUUCUUUGUUGCGCCAUCUUUUCUUCUUUAGUCACUUUUUGAAGUCCUUUUCCUUCUUUUCUCUUUUUCUAUCUUAAGUUAAGUAGUAACUUACCAACUUCCAUUUGAGGCAUGUUCCAAGAUCCUUCAAUCAAGCUUUUUGGAAGUGAUAUUCAAAUUCAUAUUCCCAUUAACUCAACAGAUUCACACUCUCAGAUUUACUCUCUUCCACAACAACAACCCAUCAUUAUCAUGAAUGGAAUUGAAGAAUCCUGUAAUGCUGAUGUUGGUGUUCCUUUGAGUGAAGUUUCUAGCAAACAAGCUAAUGCAUUUCCUCAAGAAGAUGCUAAUGCUUUUCCAAAUAUGUACGAAACUGGCACUUCGAAACCGGUGACCAAAGCAGUUCAUAGAAAUAAUGAACACAGGACUGCCAAAAGAGAUACUGACAAUCAAGAGAAAGCUUUCAAGAAGCCAGACAAGGUUCUUCCGUGUCCUCGGUGCAAUAGUUUGGAGACAAAGUUUUGCUAUUUCAACAAUUACAAUGUUAAUCAACCAAGACAUUUCUGCAAAAAAUGUCAGAGGUAUUGGACAGCUGGUGGAGCAAUUAGGAAUGUUCCUAUCGGAGCCGGUAAGCGUAGAAAUAAGCAUUCACCUUUGCAGAACUGUGAAGUUCCUGUUACCCUUGAUGUUGUACCUGUCAUACACACAGAUUCCAACCCUGCUAGUCUCAAUGAGGAAGUUCCUCUUAGUGAAUCACUAGAAGUGUUAAAUCUCAAGGGCCAUCGAAAAAUUGAAAUCGACUUGUCCACUAUCAAAGAGGAUAUUGAUGAACCUUCUUGCUCUUCUGUAAAAGCUGCUGAAUCCGGCAAAAUGGAGUAUUCAGAAAACGGAAUAGAGCAUGUUAGUUUGACAACUCAAUACAAUGGCUUAAUUCCUUUACAUGCACUUCAUUAUUAUUCUGCUCCUCCAUGGCAAUGGAAUCCAUGUUGGAAUCCUACGGCGUUUAAGCCUGAUAACAUAACUUCAACUCCUGCGAACAUGAUGGCAGUAGAAAUACCGAUGACACCUUCAUCAUAUUGGAGUUGUAUGCCAAAUUGGGUUGGCCAAAUGGAAGAAUUUAAUGGCAUUCCAUCGCCUUCAUCUUCAGUUAGCAGCGGCACUUGUUCCGGUAAUAGGUCACCAACUUUAGGAAAACAUUGUAGAGAUGGAAGUACACAAGAAAAAGAUACAAUGAAGCCGAAUAUUUGGGUGCCUAAAACUAUCAGAAUUAACGAUCCAGAAGAGGCUGCUAAGAGUUCGAUAUGGUCAACUUUAGCAACAAAAUCUAAACAGAACAAACCUGUUAUGAAAGGAAGUGUUUUUAAAUCAUUUGAACCAAAGUCAAAUGCAAGUUCUCGUGAUUUAGACGAUAAUCAAAUUCUAAGAGCAAACCCUGCUGCUUUCUCUCGCUCGGGAUCUUUUCAGGAAAGCAUGUAAUAUCCUAACCAAGUCCUACUAGCUAGUAGCAUUUGUUGUUCGAUGAGGCAUUAAGGAUUUCUACAAAUCUAUUGUUGUUGUCACGGCUAAUUCCAUGUAUUUGAUGUUUAAUAAGAUAGCUAAUUCCAUGUAUUGGAUGUUCUCUGAUCAAUAAGAAUUUCAAUUUUGUGACAACAAUUGCUGCAUGGUAAAAUAAGACCGGUCUGCGAGUUUGCAGUUGAGUUCAUUACAAUAAAGAGAGUCAUGGAAGUUCAUGAAUCCUGACUGAGGUAUGAUAUUAACUCUUUUGAGUU